AUUUCAUUUUUUUUGUGUUUGUGCACCAGCAGAUGUUUUAAUUUUGAAAUCUUUGGUCGCACUGCAGAAAUAAGAUUUUUUGACUAAAGAAACUCUUAGGCGAUCAAACAAAUAAUAUUCAAUUUCCGCUACAAUUGUCGGAAAGGAAAUCCCAUCCCUGAUCUAUUUUCUAAAAGCUAAUUGGCGUUGACAACUUUACAAAUGCUAGCAUUCAAAUUGUAUUUGGUUUUGCUUCGUCUUAGACGUUUUCCGAGCAACUAAAUUUUGCACGCAUGUUCCGUUGUUGCGAAAUUUAGUAGUUGUUGCAGCAUCACCUCUUUCCGAACAGCCUAUAAUUGUGCAGGAUCUGGUUGGAACAAUUGGUAAAUUAUUUUUUGAUAAAAAGCCGAAUCAGCAUUUCUUCCUCGAAAAAGCUGUCCUAAGUGCUGGAAAGUGCUUAUGUGUAUCGAUUAAUCCCAGUACUGCAACUUUGUUUCUGAUCUGAUCAGUUGGUUUGUACGGGUUUAAGACGGAUGAAAAGUGUUAUUGAAGUUUUGUAGAAAAUAGGGUACAAAGUACCACAAAUACGCGCUAUUCAGUGAGUGCAAAUUUAUGCCGUAAACUAGCCCUAAAAGUAAAUAAAUAAUAAAAACACUUCUUUGGUGUUUUUUCGGAAAAUCAGUGAAGAACAAACUGCGUUAAAUGUCUUCGUCGGAAGUCAUGCUAUCGCGUUUGUUGAUCCUAGCGCAAAAAUGUAACAACUUCUACCUAACAGGUUUUCAUAAAUGUGAUAUUCGGCCAUUUGUGGUUGAGGGUCAACAAGUUGGUCUCAUCAAGUCAGAUGUUCUAAAGCAUCUCACAAAAUAUCCGGAAGUAUUUUGCAUUCGAGACUGCGAAGAAACCAAACAGGGGUUUGUUGAGCUGAAUCCAGCAUUUCGUGAUUACAAUGAGCGCACUGAGAAACUCGAAAAGGUAUUGCUCGACCUACGCUCCGAGGGAUUACUACCUGCUUUACAGGGAUGGAGGGAUGAGUACUUUGAAGUAAAAUCGGAACGCAGGGCUCUACUGAAAAUGGAACGAGCAGCAACUCCGCUCUUUGGAGUGCGGAAGUAUGGCGUCGAUAUCAACGGUUACGUAAGACAUCCGACGCUUGGAUUAUGUAUUUGGCUACAGCAGCGAUCCAACACAAAAGAGACAUGGCCUGGGAAGUGGGACAAUAUGGUAGGCGGUGGACUUUCUGCAGGCUUUGGCAUUAAGGAGACAGCCAUCAAGGAGGCAGCUGAGGAGGCAUCGAUUCCAUGUCAUCUUGUCAAGAACUUGGUGUCCGCAGGAUGUGUCUCAUUUUACUUCGAAAGUCGGCAAGGGCUUUUUCCCAAUACCGAAUAUGUCUUUGACUUAGAGCUACCGGUCGAUUUUGUUCCGCAGAACGCUGACGGAGAGGUACAGGCUUUCGAGCUGCUCCCAGCCAAGGAUUGCGUGGAGAGAGUAUUCACUUCAGAUUUUAAAACCACUUCAGCUCCUGUGGUUAUUGACUUUCUUAUCCGACACGGGUAUAUAACUGCAGAUGAUGUUGUAGACUUUACGCAAAUCGUUGAGCUCUUGCACGUGCCCUUACAGUCUCUUUAUACGUACAAGGCACACUCGGAGCAGUCUCAAAGGCAUCAUCAGAAUGUGCAGAGCGAUACAAAAAACUACCACUGUUCAAGCUUAAAAAAAUUGUUGGAGAAUGGGCACAAGAAAGCAACUUAAUCAAAACUUCAUAGUUUCUGGAAAACAAAGAUUUAUUGAGGGCAAAAAAAUGAAUUUUAACUGAAUACGUUAAACAAGAAUCAAAAGACUGCUUGUGAAGUGAAAUUUCCAAACUCAAGAGAGCAGCUUAUGAUGGAUAAAAUAAAAAGGUAGCUUAUAUAUAUAUUACCCAACCCAAAACAAACGAAAAGAAAACAAAAACAGACGUACGAAUAACUAAACCUAAACUAAUAAUUGACAUUUUUAACGAUGAAAACUCUGAUUAGGAUUACAAAAACUAAAAAUUCAGCAAAAAAAUCCGCUUAUUAGAAGGGAUUGUGUUGUAGAAUAGCGGUCGGUACGAAAUACAAUCACAUUUUGUGUUUUUUUUUGUGUGAGUAACUCGCAUGAGGCAGCUUAUCGAUGUGUAUGUGAGUAACGACUAUUGACCUAUGGUGUGGAACAGUGUGCUGGCAGAGGCUGAGAAGAGCAGAGCGCUGUUGUGAUUUUAUUGUGUUAUUUAUUUCCAAGAUAAAAAAGUUGCUAGCGAUUAACGUGACCAGUAUGUUGAUGUAAGUCCAUUGUAAAAUGUCGGUUUAUUUGUAAUCACUAAAAUUCAGCGUUUUAUUUUAACUAUGUAAUUGACAAAAAUUUGCAUUUACAUUGCCUAUUCAAUAUACCAAUGAAAAAAUUGACAACUUAAAAAAAUUAUUAAAAAUAGUUAAGUAGCAAUAAUAUUCAAUUUUUAAUAAUAUUUACUUAUAUGUGUGUGCCAAAUGCUCAAACUGAAGAUAAAUUUACUUGUUAUAUAGGUUUCUGUUGAGUUUUUAAGUUUUUUGUAUGUUAAUAAAAAAGAAUACACUAUUGAUUUUA